CAUGAGGUGCUCCUCCACCGGCUUCCUGAGGCUGGUUCUCCCCUGAGCUGAAGAGGAAGAUGAGGCUCAGCACUGUGCAGGAGAUGAGUCUGUUGAGCGUGUGUGAUCCGAACAUAAUGAAGCUGCCAGGUUAUAAAGGGUCACAACCACAACUUAACCUGCCACAACGACACAAAGUAUCCCCAAAUUUGCAAGAAGAAGAGGAAGAGAAGAGAGGAAGUUACUGUCCUUGAAUCAAAUAGUGCCAUAGAUGUAGCUCCUUUGACAACAGGGAAGUUUUCUAAGCAGUGACUCACUGAGGUGAUGAAACAAUCACGUGCUGCACAAGAUCAGGUGAUCAGCGGGGCUGAAGCGUUACCUUUUCGGGGCCGGUCGUGCAGCUCGCCCCGGGGAGGAGGAGGAGGAGGUGGUGGUGUAGCAGUGGGAGCAUUAGCAGCAGCAGCUGAGAGGAGGAGGACUGUGAGAGUCUCACGGGGAGAGGAGUGAGCGCAGUAUGGGCUGACUGACUGGAGAUCGGUGUCUUUUGGAUCUCUUUUGUCUCCAACGAUGGACGAGCCGAACAUCCUGAGACGCCGCGGGCUACAGAAAGAGCUGAGUCUUCCUCGUAGGGGUAAUGUUUCCCGUAACAACAAGAGAAGGAGUUUGGCGGUCGGGACCCCAUCGCCCACACUCUCACGACCGCUUUCACCUCUCCCACUUGCCACAGCUGGCAGCAGCCCGUCAGAAAGCCCCAGAAAUGUCUCAGCCAGCACCUCUGCCAACUUCCAGUUUGCCCGCAGCAGUCAACUGGCCCGCACUGAAAGAGCGGAUGGGCGAAGGUGGUCUGUGGCGUCAGUUCCCUCAUCUGGAUACUGUACAAAUGCCCCCAGUUCAUCAGUAUCUUCUUCUUCUUCCCAGGAGUUAUUACACCAACUACCCUUCCAGCCCACUCAAGAUGAUCUCCACUUCCUGUUCAAACAUUUCCGGAGCACUGAGAGCGUGGCAGACGAAGAGGGAGCUCACGCCUCACCCCCUGUCAGGCUUCGCUCACGUAGUCUCAGCCCUGGACGGACCUGUGGAACAUUUGACAAUGAAAUUGUCAUGAUGAAUCAUGUCUACAAAGAACGCUUUCCCAAGGCGACAGCCCAGAUGGAGGGUCAGCUGCUCGACAUCAUCGCAGAGUGUUCCCCAGGCACAGCUCUACCCCUGGCUGAUGGCGUGCUAGGAUUCAUUCAGCACCAGCUAGUGGAGCUUGCCAGAGACUGUCUGGACAAGUCUCAGAAAGGUCUGGUCACCUCUAGGUACUUUGUGGAGCUGCAGGAGAAGCUGGAGAAGCUGCUGCAUGAGGCGUAUGAGCGUUCAGAGAGCGAGGAGGUGACCAUCAUCACUAAACUUGUCAAGAAGAUCCUCAUCAUCAUCUCCAGACCAGCCAGGCUGUUGGAGUGUCUGGAGUUUGAUCCAGAGGAGUUUUACCAACGUCUGGAAGCUGCAGAAGGUCAGGCCAAGGAGGGCAGGGGCAUCAAAACUGACAUUCCCAGAUACAUCGUCAGCCAGCUCGGCCUCACCAGAGACCCUCUGGAAGAGAUGGUCCAACUGGAGCAAACAAGUCCGAGUCACAGAGCAUCCAGCAGAGACUCUGAUGACACUGCAGAUGCCAUGCCCAUACAGAGUCGAGCGGCCUGCACUCCGCCUCGAAGAAAACCACUGGAGAGCGACUUUGAGACUAUCAAGCUCAUUAGCAAUGGCGCCUAUGGGGCUGUAUUUCUGGUGCGACACAAGGAGACUCGUCAGCGUUUUGCAAUGAAAAAGAUCAACCGUCAGAACCUGAUGCUUAGGAACCAAAUCCAGCAGGUCUUUGUUGAGCGAGACAUCCUUACUUUUGCAGAAAACCCGUUUGUGGUUUCUAUGUUCUGCUCCUUUGAGACACGGAGGCACCUCUGCAUGGUUAUGGAGUAUGUGGAAGGUGGAGAUUGUGCUAACCUGUUGAAGAAUAUUGGCCCGCUGCCUGUGGACAUGGCUCGCAUGUAUUUUGCAGAGACUGUCCUGGCUUUAGAAUACCUUCACAACUACGGCAUCGUACACAGAGACCUUAAACCUGACAAUUUGUUAAUAACCUCCAUGGGGCACAUUAAGUUGACAGACUUUGGGCUGUCAAAAAUCGGUCUAAUGAACAUGACCACCAACUUAUAUGAAGGACACAUUGAAAAGGAUACCAGAGAGUUCAUUGACAAACAGGUGUGUGGCACUCCAGAGUACAUUGCUCCUGAGGUGAUCCUGAGGCAGGGCUAUGGGAAGCCAGUAGAUUGGUGGGCUAUGGGCAUCAUCCUCUACGAGUUCUUAGUGGGCUGUGUGCCUUUCUUUGGAGACACACCAGAGCAGCUGUUUGGUCAAGUGGUCAAUGAUGACAUAAUCUGGCCAGACGGUGAGGACGCUCUGCCAGCAGAUGCCCAGGACCUCAUCACCCGACUGCUGAGACAGAGCCCUCUAGAGCGUCUGGGAACAGGUGGAACCACUGAGGUGAAGGUGCAUGUGUUCUUCCUGGGUCUGGACUGGAAUGGCCUCCUGAGACAAAAAGCUGAAUUUAUCCCUCAGCUGGAGACUGAGGAUGACACCAGUUACUUUGACACUCGAUCAGACCGUUACUGUCACCUUGGAUCAGACGAUGAUGAUGAAACAAACGAUGAUGAAUCCUCUCUGGAGCUCCGACAGUUCUCCUCUGUGGCUCACCGCUUCAGCAAGGUAUACAGCAGCACAGAACACCUUUCUACAUCCACUCCAUCCAACCAGAGUCUGUCUUCAUCUGACCGAAGCCACAGUGAGGAGAAGGAGGAGCGAUGGGAGGGCAGGGGAGUCCUGUCCCCUGGGGAUGGACACAAGCACUUGGCUGGUGGAGACAGGAGGGCAGAUGGACACAGGGGGAGUCUGCGUCCUCGUGCUUCUUCUAGCUCCUCUCAGUCAGAGCGCAGCGCCAGUCCACUUGUGAUGAACAGCACGCAGAGCCUUGACAUCAUGCCCCGUUUUGCUAUAUCUGCUGAGGAAGAGGAUGGGAUGGUUUCCAAUCUGCGACGCAUCCGGCUCAGGAGCAACAGCACAGGAACCAGGCCGUCGUUCCGUAGGGGGGCAUCGAGACGCAUUGCACACCAGCUGGAGACUCCAGAGAAACCCCGAUCCCCAGCUGGCAAAGUGCCCAAGUCGGCCUCUGUCUCUGGCCUGUCGCUCAUCAUCACUCCAGAUGACUCAGCAGCUCCUCCAACAAGCCCCAAAUCCUCCUUGUCUCUGUCGUCUAACCCCUCGUCAAGAGACUCAUCCCCAAGUCGGGACCUCUCUGUCAGCAUUAGCUGCCUCCGGCCUCCUGUGGUCAUCCACAGCUCUGGAAAGAGGUUUGGCUUUGCACUGCGAGCUAUCCGAGUCUAUAUGGGAGACAGUGACAUCUACACUGUCCAUCACAUGGUCUGGUGUGUUGAGGAAGGCAGUCCAGCACACGAGGCAGGAUUGAGGGCUGGUGACCUCAUCACUCACGUCAAUGGGGAGUCAGUGCAGGGACUUGUGCACACAGAGGUGGUGGAGCUCUUGCUAAAGAGUGGCAACAGGGUGACCCUGCAGACGACUGCCCUGGAGAACACGUCCAUCAAGGUGGGCCCUGCCAGAAAGGUGAGCUACAAGUCCAAGAUGGCCCGGCGCAGCAAGAAGAGUAAGAGGAAGGAUGGGCAGGACAGCAGGCGACGUAGCAUCUUGAAGAAGUUGUCAAAGCAUACGCCUCCUCCACCCAUGCAGAGUAGCCGUAGCUUCUCUUCAGGUUUCCACCAGUCAUCCAGUGACAGCCUCUCUGGCUCCCCUACGCAGAGCCUCUCCCCUGGGCCAUCCACACCCUGUCGCUCCCCUGCUCCUGACCACUCUGGAGAUUCUAGUUCUUCUCCCUGCUCGAGCUCUCCCAACUCACCUGUUCCACAGGCCCGUCCCAGUUCUCUUCAUGUUCUGGGUCGCUACACCAAAGCUGGCCGCUGCAAGUCCACCAGCAGCAUCCCUCCCUCCCCGCUCGCCUGCAUCCCACCACCUCAGCCACUCUCUCCUCAGUGUUCCCCAUCCUGCCUCCCCAGUCAUACCAAAUCCCUGCAGGGUUUUCACGGCAAGACCCUGUCCCCCCCUACAAUCGCUCGCCAUUCUGUGCGUCCUCGCAGUGCCGAACCACCACGGUCACCACUCCUCAAGAGGGUCCAGUCUGCAGAGAAGCUGACAGGUGAUAAAAUGACAGGGGGUUACCAUGGCGACAGGAAGGCAUACAGCACCCGUCGCCACACGAUGGAAGUCCCUCUGUCAGAGGGGGAGGGGUUAGAGGACACAGAAGGAGACACUGCCACUGGUUUCGUCUGUGUUGGCGAACAUGGCCGACAGGGGCUGUACAUCGGAGGGCAAAGGGGUCAUCAUGACUCAGCAGCUGGAGGCAGCGAGCUCCACCGCUCUACUUCCUCGCCACAACACCGCGGCAGCAACCACCACUCCAAAGAGGUGGUAGUAAUGAGAAAGCUGGCUCUGUCCGAGAGACGGGACUCCUUUAAGAAACAGGAGGCGGUGCAGGAGGUGAGCUUUGACGAUUUGGAUGAGAGGGAGGCCACCCCAAGCCCAACACCUCCUGUCAUGCAACCGAAGGCAUUUAAGGCGUCCUGGAUUAACUCGGGUCAGUCAGAAUCAAAAGUGCAGCUCGAAGGAAGAGGAGUACAGGGUACAACAACACCACAGAAAGCCAAGUCAAAAGACAAAGAAGGGCUUUAGUUAUUCUUCCUGUCUGGGAGAAAAAGGUCAAGGAAGAGUCUCACUGAGGCAGAAACUGACGUGAAGUAAUCCUCUGACAUUUGACAGCCUUGCAUGCUUGUCCAGAAAACUGUGACCAGGUCCUAUAUCGACUUCUUUAGGACAGCAGAGCAACGCCAGAAUGAUACUUCUCAGUUGUAUAUGCAUCCUGCAACACUGUUAACACAUCAGUGACUGCCAAACCAUGUUUACUUCCUGGCUUGUUUUCUCUCUUGGUUCUCAAAUCACUGUGGCACCUGUAACUGAUGUAUUUUGUAAAUAUUUUUGGUUUUACAUGGAGAAACUUAUUUAUGACUUUUUAUUCUCAUCUUGUGCUGAAAACGCUGUGGAUGCUUCAGCUGUUAGUGCAGGAAUUGCACACUAAAACAAGCCAAGCUAUGACUUUUCAGUGUGAUUUUACAGGUGCAAGUGCAGAAAGAAGGCAGGUAACAUCACUUGAUAUCUUACCAUUUUUUUUUAUACCUCAAUGCCUGUGUGGAGCUGGGUGUUGUUCAGUGUUUCGAUUGGGCCUUUGGAACAAACUGAAUAGUCUUGCAACAUAACACGAGUUGAACAGUUGCAGACGAUAUAACGUGCUGCCUCUAAGAAGAAAUGUAUUAUAUAGAUUGUGACCAUUUGAAUACAUCUAUAUUGUAUGACCAUUUUUUUCAGGACUAAACUAUGAAUAUCCUAACACUUGUGAGCCUAGCUGUAGUGCCAAAGCAUGGUUUAACCAUUAAAAGAGGUACUAUACUUUUACAUAUGAAGCUUCAUGCAUGUAUGGGCUCUACUUCCUCUUGCUGUCAGUCGUCUGGAAGAAUACUACGUCUUAUUCAACUCUCCUCUAGCUGUGGUUUUACUCCUUACCCAAUCAGUGUACAGGUGUUUAGAUAAAGCUUUACCUUCAGAAGCUAGGCUGUCAUCUAUCUGUCCUCUUACACCUUGUUGAAUUAUGCCUCCGUCCAGCACCUAACAAACCUAGUGUGUAUACCGUAAUUGAUGUAUUUGCACAAGUUGUCGCAGCCAUGUAACAGUUAGAGCACAUUUCUAUUUCAGGACGAUCCUCUUCUUUGCAGGAUUCAAAAAUUGUACAGAUGCAACUGACAAAACUGGCUCCCUGGCUGUUUUUUAAAGAAAUGUGUGUUAUGAAUGAAUGUUUACAUUUUAAAUAUGUGUGCAGAUUCUUCAUUGUUGUGUUAAAUUAUUGUGAAAAAAGUGAAUGACAGGGGAGUUGAAAGCUGAACCUUGAAUGGAUGAAGGAACGAGUUGGGGGGAUUUCUUUUUGUACAUUUUGAUAUGGAAAAGUCUUGUUGCAGUACUAAUAAUAACCUAUGCUGUUGAUGUAUAAUGUAAAAACAAUGGUGGACCUUAUAGCAGCUGUGAGUGGUGUGUUUUUGAAAGUGACCUUGUGAGAGUAGAUGGACUCAGACAUUGUGUAAUGCCACAGUAAUGUGACAGGGCCUGAAAGCAUUGUGCAUGCUUCAAAUCCCUUUACAAUUGAACCACAGUUAUAUCACAACAUAUUUCCUUUUUAAAUACUUUUCCAAGUUACUACUCUUGUUAAAACGACCCCAGCUUCUUCCUUUGAUGUUCGCUUAUGUGAGCCUUGAGAGGUGUGAACAGCUUUUUCUUUAUUUUUUAAUAUCUGUUCCCAUUAUAGCCAUUUUGUUUUAAUUGAGAAACCAUUUGGAUCAGAAAUGAAAACUUUUUUCCUGUUUCAUUCAAUCCAUGACAAAGAAAAACAACAUUCUGUUGUAGUUUUUUACAUUUUACAUGAGUGGUAUGAAGAUUCUUGGGAGCUGUUAAUUUUAAAAAUGCAAGUUUAGCACAUACUUGGCCUUGAAAUGUGGUUAUGGACUGUAAGGGGGGUCAAACUAGAGGUAAGUAGUUUGUUUGGUAUACAGUGUGGUGAAAGAAUAGUGUGUCUGUAUCAUUAUCUCUGAUUUUCUGAUGCAAUAUACAUACUAGUAUGUUAUGUUUCCCUACCAAACCCAUCGUAGCGUCAACUUAUUCAAAUCAAAUGUCCUUGAAGAUUACAUUGGCUUUAUUCAUCAAAAUAAGUCAUCAAAAGAAUUCUUCUUUUCUUUUUUGCCAUCAUGCUUUUUUAGUUUAAAAAGCUUUAUGUCUUCACACAGGUGCUUCAAUGUCAUUCUCCAUAUUUCCCACACUUGUGUCAGAGUGUGUGCUCGUAUGUGCGUAAAAAAGUUGUUGCCCCCUGGAUGACCUUUGUGAAGCUCCUACAAUGUGGGUAUCUGAUCAAGACUGGUGUGACAUUGUCUGUUUUUUGUUGUCUUUAACAGUGCUUGAAAUAAAUGAAUUGCAAAGGGACUAUGAA